GAUAAAAUACGCGUCUCUUAUCAUCUCUGGGAACUAUUUUGCUUGUCUUAUUUUACUACGAAUAUUUACAAAAUGGCCAAAAAACAAGAAGCAGAAGAAUACGAGGUCGAUUAUAUUAACAACCAUCGUUUCGCCGUUAAAAAUGGUGUUAGAAGACUCGAGUACCAAGUCAAGUGGAGAGGAUAUCCUGCCUCCGAAAGCACAUGGGAAUCUAAAGAAUCGACCGAGAAUGCAAUGAAAAUAGUUGACCACUACUGGGCCACCAAAGGUGGAGGGGACGAAGCCCGUAUCAAAUGUGAAAAGAUCUUAAGCGGAGAACUCAGUGAAGACGAGGAUAGCUCCGAUGAAGAUACAACUUCUGAGGACGAAGACGAGGAAGAUGAAGGUGUACCUACAACCAGAUCUAACAAGAGACGUGUUUCUCCAGCUGUGAACAAAAAGUCUACCAAAGUUGACAUCAAAAAACGUAAGGUCACUCCUACCAAGUCUGCAGCCUCUACUAAGAAGGAUGCUACACCUAAAAAAGAAGUUCCUGCCAAGAAGGAAGUUCCUGUUCCUGCCAAGAAGGCCACUCCCGUUAAGAAGGAUGAUGUUGCUGCUCCUGUCAAGAAAACUAAAACCAUCACCACCCUUAUUAGGACUGGCGAUAAUACUCCAGAUGAAGAGUUUUCUGAAAGUGAGAUCGAACGUAGUGACUUUAGACUCAAGUCGAAUGGAUGGAAAUCUGAUGCUGAGAAGGUCAUCGAAGUAAGAGCAGUCUUCACCGACGAAGGACAGGAAUUGCAUGGUUUAGUUAAAUGGCGUGAUGGAAAACUUGGUUUAUACAAGACCUCUGAACUCACUAAGAGAAUUCCUCAAUUGCUAAUCAAGUAUUACGAAAACAAGUUGACAUUCGAACAAAAAAUUAAAGCUUAAAGGGAAAAGUUUUUUUUUUUAAAAAAAAAAAAAAAAAUAGCAUGAGAAAAGCCGUUAGUCAUCUACAAAGUAUUUGAAAUCCCUCUGCCUUAUUAAAUGCUUUGCAUUUAUUUUAUUUUUAUAUUGGUUCUUUU